AUGGGGCCGGUGGGGACGGCGGCCUUGCGGGACCCCGGCGGCGCCGCGCUGCCCCGCGGCUUCUGGGCGGCCGUGCGCGUGUGGCUGGAGAAGCCGCAGGUGGCCAACAGGAGACUGAGCGGCGCCGCUGUCCAGGCGGAGGGGAAGGUGCCGCUCGGCGAGGGCGGGGAGAUAUCGCCGUCCAUGGUCACCGCGGGGGCGGGCGGGGGCGAUGGCGGGCAGGAGGGGCGAACGGCGGGGGCCGCGGAGCUGCGCCGGCUUUGGAGGGAGGUGCGGGCCCAGCUGGCUCUGCCGCCACCGCCCCUCACGGCCUGGGGCGGGUCUGGCGAGCUCCGCGCCGUGCUGAGGACGCUGCUGCCCCGGGGCCGCCCCGCCGCGCCCCCGGCCCGGGAGCUGGCGGUGCAAGAUGUGUACAAUGGAACUGUGACCUUUCUGCCUUUGGAGGAAAACAGUGAAGGAAAAUACCUGGUUAAAAAGUGCAAUAUUUAUCAAAUUCAACUUAAACACAUAAAAGAUGAGGAAUGGUCUGUAUCUGUUGUAGCUCCAUUUCCAGAAGAUUGGUUUUCAGAUGGAAUUGUGUACCCCAAACUAGCAUGGCUUGGAAAUGAACUUUUGUCCAAACUGGCUAAAUGGUCUGUGGAGCAAAAGCCCAGUGAGUUUAAAAGUACACUCUCACUCAUUUCAGUAGCAAAAUACAGCAAGGUUUAUCAGGACCUCAAAGAAAAGUACAAAGAGAUGGUAAAGGUGUGGCCUGAAGUGACAGAUCCUGAGAAAUUUGUUUAUGAAGAUGUUGCCAUUGCCACUUACUUGCUGAUUCUUUGGGAAGAAGAGAGGAAAGAAAAAGGAUUGACCAAGAAACAGUCAUUUGUAGAUCUUGGAUGUGGAAAUGGUUUGCUGGUUCAUAUUCUAAACAAUGAAGGGCAUCCAGGAAGAGGAAUUGAUGUGAGGAGAAGAAAAAUAUGGGACAUGUAUGGACCAGAGACACACUUAGAGGAAGUUACAAUCAUUCCAGGUGACAGUCAUCUCUUUCCAGACACUGACUGGCUCAUAGGAAACCAUUCAGAUGAAUUAACACCAUGGAUACCUGUAAUUGCAGCUAGGUCUUCCUAUUCAUGUUGUUACUUUGUGCUGCCAUGCUGCUUCUUUGAUUUCCAUGGAAAAUACAGCCGAAGACAAAGCAAGAAAACUCAGUACAGAGAAUAUCUAGAUUUUGUUGCCCAAGUGGGAUUUGUAUGUGGCUUUCAUGUGGAAGAAGAUUGCCUUAGAAUUCCAUCAACAAAAAGGGUCAGUUUUGUUGGGAAAAGCAGGACCUAUCCAGCUGCAGAACGUGCUCUGAUUGAUGAGCAGAUAACACAGUUUAUUAACAGUCGUCGGACCGGUGCUGGGGCCACAUGUGACAGAAGGGUUGGAUUUAACCAUGAGCAUCACUGUGGUGGUCUGUGCAAAGAAGCAGGCUCAGAGCCUCCUGAAGAUGAGACUGAAACAGCUGGUACAAUUUGGAUGCCUGGAUUUCGACCCAGAGAAAAAGUAGAACAAGUCAGAAAUUGUGCUUCCCUCCCUCGGGACUUUGUAGAUGAAGUGGUUCUCAAUGUGGCAAACUUGCUGUUAAAUGCAGCCCCCCAGAAAUCAUGUUCUGAUAAACAGGGUGGAAAUAUGAAUACCUGGAAUCAAGGAGAAAGCCUUUCCUUGAGAGAAGUGGCAGAACACUUGGAUAAAGAGAUUUUAAAAAAGCUGAAAAGUGAAUAUGGAGGCCUGCAGACACUACUCAAGAACAAUCAUCAAGUAUUUGAAGUUCUAAAUGGGAGAGUUCAUAUUCGUGACUGGAGAAAAGAGAAACCACCAAGUAAAACUAAACCUGAAGUGAAACGGCGCCUUUCAGCUGAAGCAUUUAAAACACGCCUCUGUUGGUUUUUCAUUCAUCAUCCUGAUGGCUGUUCUUUACCUUCUGAAGCUUGCCCAUAUGCCCAUGGGACUGAGGAGCUAAGGCAGUCUCAGAUGAUUAAGAAGAAAAAACAUAUACAAUAAUGAAAUGUUGCAACUUGUGUUUAGAUUUAUGUACAUAAGAGAAUCUAUGAUUGACUUUGGGGCUGCCUAGUGCGUGAACAUCUGUACAGUAUGGGGGGAUUUUCCUCAUUUCUGUGCAUCUUAUUUUGCAGUUGGUUUACAAGUUCUCCUGUAUUUCUAAUUCUUUAUUUUUUUAUUAACAGGUAAUAGGCAUAGUAAAGUACAUUUAUAUUUUUGGAUUUGUCACA